UUUGUGUCUGCAGUUUCUUGCGUUUCUCACAGUUGAUCGUUACUGAUCAUACGUGAUACGAUAAGUGAUCGUGCUGUGAACGCUCACUGUUCGCCGAAUAUGCCUGGUUACGGAUGUCUGGUUGAAGGGUGUCCGAAUGCGGCGUACUCAUCGGAUAUUCGGUUUCAUGGUUUACCGAGUGACGACCAGCGGCGGCAGCAAUGGCUUGCGACAGUCCCGUCACGACUCUGGCAAGGUAGAAAGCUGGAGAACAUUCGGUUCUGUGAACGGCAUUUUACACCUUCCGACUACGUGAUGCACCCCUCUGUGUCACGACGACUCGGACUGCAGCGACAGAUGUACCGCCUGGAGAAGACGGCAGUUCCUUCUUUGAAUCUAGCUGCAGUUGCAGAGGCUGAUCGUCACAUGGAAGUCGAAGACUCUCAAGCUGACUGGCUGGAAGUGGUCACAUCUCGUGAGUCUCAUCAGACUACUACCACUAGCCAAGCUGCCUCAUUAGUGGAACUUUCCCACCUGGACCUUCCUGUUCGACAUGAGGAAACUGCAGGCGAUGCAAGUCCUUCUGACCUCGAGAUGGACUACUACGAUCUGGCAAUCCCACUUGAGCAUGAGGAAGUGGUAUCUGCCAGCCAUGACCUCCCAUGCUACUCAGGAGCUGCAUCUCCAACUAAGCACUGGGCAACGGCAGCACUAGAGGUCCCGGCUGAUCCCUCUGCACGUAUACUUGAGGGAACUGAGUACCAAAAGUGCCUCGGAUCAUGUGGUGCUUGUUGUACAAGACGGAAGGGAACAACAGUAGCUACACAGACAACAGCAUCGGACUUCAGAUCUGCUGGCUUGGUCAGCACCUCCACCCAAUGCAACAUGGAGCUGGAGCGGUUGGUAGCUCUAAGGUCGACCGCUGUGCAAACGGAUGACGCCACUCCUGCCAUGGCAGCCCCUCUGACAUCAUCACCAGUGCGUCCCCGUUCACAAGAGCUUCCACCAUGCCCAGAGUCUCCGAUCCUGCAUUCUUCACCAGCUGAGGCAGGUGGCAGUGAAGAUGAGGUCGAUGAAGGAGACCGGACAUAUUACCCUUCAAUGGAUGGGAGCACCUUAGAGGAGACACAAAGCGAGACAAAGCUCUACGAGGAGCCAAAAUACAUUGUUUUUGAGAGCUGCCUCACCGAGCUGUUCAAGACAUGCCGGGAGUGCUUCCAGCCCUGCAGAUGCUCCUUUACGACCAGUGGAACACUGGUGACAGUGCUGGCGGAGUGUCACCAGGGUCACACCUUUCAGUGGACGAGCCAGCCACACAUAGGCAAAAAGGCAGCAGGGAAUGCCUUGCUUUCUGCUGCACUUCUGUAUAGCGGCUCGAGCCCCACCUGCACUUUACGCAUGCUGAGGCAAAUGCGUGUCCAGGUGCUCACAGACCGCCAGUAUUACCGGUAUCAGGGUGCAUACCUAUUCCCUACGGUCAAUAAGGUGUACAAACAACAACAGGAGGGGCUCCUCGAGGACCUGGGCACCGACCCCACUUCUCUUGCCUCAGAUGGCAGGUGUGACUCGCCUGGCCACAGCGCAAAGUUCCUGACUUACAGCUUCUACUCUGAUAGGCUAAACAAAAUUAUACACUUUGAGCAAGUUCAGGUGAAGGAGUCCACGGAAGUGCAGGCUAGCAGCCAUAUGGAGAAGGAGGGUCUUGUGCGAGGACUGAAGUUUAUGGAGGACAACCAUGUCCAUGUGGCCUCUCUCACGACUGACCGGCACCCGGCCACAAAAAAGUACAUGCGCACCGCCAAGCCAGGCAUCAAACACUAUUUCGACGUGUGGCAUGUGUCGAAAGGCAUAAAGAAGAAGCUCUCAGCCUCCAGCAACACUGUAGCCACAAGGGACCUCAAACAGUGGAUACCAGCCACCGUCAACCAUAUAUAUUGGUGCGCUGCUGUGAGUGGUGGUGACGGUGACUUGCUGGCUGCCAUGUGGAAGAGCUCCGUAAAUCACGUGGCUAACAUCCAUGAGGGUCAUGACCCCAGCUACCCACGUUGUCUGCACAAGCCCAACCAGGAGUCAGCCUGGCUUCAGCCUGGAUCUGUAGCACAUGCAAAGUUCAAGGCCAUUGUUACUGCUCCCCUCCUGCUGAAAGAUAUACCCCAACUGUCCCCUGCCACGCAGACAUAUGGCCUAGAAAGUUUCCAUAGCGUGCUCAACAACUUCGCACCAAAGUCAACGGCAUUUUCCCCUGAAGGAAUGUUGGAGCGAACAUCCCUCGCCAUUCUCCACUUCAAUGAAAAUUCCUGCCGCAAACAAGCACAGACUUUGACUGCUGAAGAGCGUUGGAAACUGAAGGUGCCAAAAGGCAGGGGAGGGCACAUCAUUGCAUGCCCAGUGAAGGAGGAUGCAACAUUCAGUUAUGUUGACAUCCUCCUCGACGAGACACUUCUAAGAUGCUCCUCCCUACCUUCAUUUAAAGCAGCACUUGAGGAAGCAACCCCACUUGCCACCCCACCAAUGACCUCUGACACCUACCCACGACAACGCCGGGAGGACAUCAUUGAGGCCCGCAAGAGCAGAUUCGUGCAGCAUCCCCAGUGAUGGCUUGGCCAACAGAUAUGAGCUGGCACUGGCAGCACCUCAUGACAUGACUACGUCUGUUUUUUGUUUUUUUCUUUACUUCACUGUAAGAUGCUGCGAAGCAACUAUGGUCAUUAGCGGCAGAUAGAUGGGGACAGGUGGACAGCCAGCAGCAGAAGGGAAGGGAGUAGGGAAAUAGAGGGAAGGAUAAAAUGUAUCAUAAUUUGAUGAAGUUAUUGCUAGAUGCCGGGUUCAUCAGCAUUACAGGAGUACAGAGGGCCAUCAAAAAAAAUUUCAGAUUAAGACAUCUGAUAAAUGUGUGUGUGCCACUAUACCGAAAAGUGCAAAAGGUUUUGAUGUAUGCCAUUUGUUUCCCAGAAAAAAAACUCACAUAAACAUAGCUCCGCGCGUUCAUCCUUAACUCGCCACUCCAGCUAUAACGAGGAUGAGGAGGUAAUGAUGAGUAAACCUGUUUUGCCAAUUCUCCCGGAGAAUUGGGGAUAGAAGGAGCGGCCGAAGCAUUACAGAGCAAGGAGAAAGGCUUUAUCAGAACCCCGAACAGCCGAGUAGCAGACAACAUUUCUCUAGGCCAAUCAGCAAGCCUUCUCCUUAUAGCGUCAGUGCGAGUUUCCAGGCAGAUCACAGGCUGGUACUGCUCUUCACCACCGUUGCGCAUGGUCGCUUUUUGCGGCGUAUUUUAAAUUCAGUUUCUGCGAUAAUUAUGAAUCUGUGGUGGAAAUUACUUCGCAUGGUGCAUCUUACUGGCCUACUUAACAGUUUUAUAGGAAGAAAACUGGGUGUAAAAAUGACUUCUGUGCUACUUUAAUGGAUGGUUCAAUAGGCAUGCAAACAUACAUAGGAAUUCCUCAAUAUAUGUGCUCAAAAUGCACUUUAGAAUCACAAGUGACUGUGCUGAGUCUGCGGAAAAUGCUUUCUGCAGACUCAAUCCUUUAUCAAAGUUUAAUCGUUCACUCAAAAUUUUACCAAGGUCUCUUAGGAGCACAAAAACUGGAAAAACUAAUCUCCUGAAGCUCUAAUAACAUACUGAUCAAAGUAAUUGGUGAAAAGUAAUGUAGUUACUCAGUAUGUACAAGCCUGGCACGUAAUAAUUUUGCACACUCAUUACGUUUCAUUGUAGCAUUUUUGUGAAAUCUGCCACAUAUGAUGUCGCAGUAGUGGUGACAAAGAUGAUGGGCUUCACUUUUGUUGUUACAUGCGAGAAGGCAGCUGUACUUUGUAAUCACUAAUACUUUGUCAUUUUGUAUAAAAUUCUUGUGGAUAUUUGGA